AUGGAUACCGAGGGAACAAGCAAGAGUAAGAUAUUAUCAUACUGUAAAUAUUCAUUUCCAUAAAUUAUAAGCUUUAAAGAAUAGAGAAAUAUAAUAAUAAGUUAGAAAACUCUAUACUAAGGCAAUCGAUUGGUAUCAUUUUUGGAUCAAAUCUCAAGGAUUUAAUGAAGGAGAUAACUUCUUAUUAUUCAAAUUGUGGGGAAUUGAAUGA